AUGUCCAAGCGCCAGACCGCCAAGCUCCGCAAAGUGGCACAAACUUCGGAGGAGCAAACACGGCGACUGGCCUCUCUGGAGGAAGCUUCCCGGCGCCCUGCGCAGGAUACGACGAUGCGCUUGGAGGCCCGGCUCUCGGAGUUGGAAGGACAACAAGCGAGCUUGGAGGAAGAGUUCCGGAAUGUGGUGACCACCGGGCAAAGACUGGACUCCCUGAGCCCCAGCAGGCGCGUCAACACCAGGUCUGUGCACGCAGUUGCGGAGGGCCCGGGGUACGACGUGGUCCGCGCCUUGGAGACCGAGCUCUCGACGCUCUCGAAGCAGUUGGCAGCACAGGCAGAGCCGCCGCAUGCUGCCGCCCAGCUUCACUGUCGGCUGUGUGUCCCUGUUCUCGCUUGUGCUCAGCUCGACGACCACUCCUCAGCAUUGGCCAGCCUGCGUGUGCGCACCGAGGGUCAGGAGAUUGUGGCAAGUCUCCUAGGAUUUCUUGGAUGGAGUCAACUCACCCACAGACCGGAGCCACAGGAGCAACGUCUAGUCGCAGCAGGCGAGCGCCUGGAAAAGGUGGUGGCCCCCACGCUCGAGGCUUUCCGUGCAGAGCUGCAGCAGCUGAGACUCGCGGAUCGCUCCGAGAUGGACCAGCGCUUCGAGCAUUUGUCGAGGAGGCUGGUCGACAGCAACGAAGAAGCCAUGAAUGAGCUCAAAGACGUUUUGCAGGAUCACCGCGAAAGAGAUCCUACUUCUGAGGCUGCCGUCUCUCGCCUCAGAGAAACAUGUGCUGUGCAGGAUCAGCAGCUGCGUCGACUCGAGGCACUAUUGGAUCCCAGCCUGCAGCGCGAGGAGGAGCUCUGUGGACUUAUGGUUCGAGUCGAGGGGCUGGAGCACAGGCUCGAGCUGAUCGACGAGGAGGCUGUUUCGGAGAAGGCUGAUCGGACGGAACUUCACCGUCUAGACCUAGCUGUGAAAGAGAUCUCCGAGCCCCUCCGGCGUCUUUCUCAGAGAACAGCCACUAAUGAAACCCGCACAUCAAAUUUGGAGCACCAGCUGGACCAGCUCCAGGCAGACCACAGCACAGUUCCGAUUCCAGCGACGACGCCCGGGAGCGAGAGCUUUGCGACAAAAGCCAGUCUCGAGGCCUUGUCCGAAGAGCUGGGGCAGGCCGUGGUUCGCAUCGUGGAAGUGGAAGCAGUUGUGCAGCGACCGCCUGCGAUUGCAGCUCCUGCAAGCGAAGCAGUUGUGCUGGAGGCUGCAAGCCGGAUCGACGCGGUGGAGUCUUCCGUCAAGGUUCUUCAAGAGCAGAUGGAGCAUGGCUUGGAUCUCUUGAAGCUCCAGGAUCUUCCUGCACGUUCAACCAGUGAUGAGGCCGUGCAGCUCGAAGAGCUUUCCGCGCGAGUCUCCAAAGCUCUCAAACUGGCAGAAAACAGCGGAAGCAACAUGCAGUCUUUGCGCUUUGACUUGGUCGUGGAGCAGGACCGUGUAGCCAAGAUCACCGAGGAUUUGAACAAGAUGUCCAGGCGGCUUGAAAUCGCCGAGUCUGCCUUUGAGCUCCAGGCGAAGGAACUCUCCGAUAGCUCCGUUGCAGAGACGGCACAGCUUGCCAGUGAUCUGCCAAAGGUACACGCGCUGACGGAGCGGUUCGAGGCUUCUGAAUGCCGCACGGCCGAAGCUCUGCAGAAGAUGCUGUCUAGCAUUGACAAGGUCCAGAUGCUGCACAAGGGCCUCGAAGGCUCCAACCGCGAUCUGACGCAGCUGGUCGAGGGCCUCUCCUCCCGCUUGGACCGCCUGGAGGCCGAGACACCCCAGGCGGGAGACGCCUUGGCCUUCUCUAGAGAGGACCUGCAGACGCUCCUGGCGCAGGCGCAGGAGACCGCUACUUCCAGCAUGCACGAGCGGCUUUCGGCUUUCAACUCCCAAUCUGGCAAGGACAGCGAGAUGCUCAAAGCCCUGCAGCAGGAACUGGAGCGGCAGAAGGCGCAGCUCGCCGACACGGUGAGCCAAGAGCAGCUCUCUGAAAGCACGAAGGACUUGACCCGCAAGGUAGAGGCUUCAGAAGCGACGAUUUCGGCAAGCAUGCAGACCUUGGAAGACCAGCUGACGGAGAUGCUCAGCAAGUCGAAGGAUUCCGUCAGUGACAUCCGCGCUACCGUUGAAGAUGCUCUACAACGGGUGGAGGCUACGGAGGCUGCAUCGAAGGCCGUGCGCGAGGAGAUCAUGAACGAGGAGGCCCAUGGCGAAGCUCAUCAGCUUGCCAGGACCUGCCAGAACGACUUGCGCGGAGUUCACUCCGACGUGGCAGACCUUCAGGCCUCUUUGCGAAGUCUGGUCCGUCGAGUAGAGGAUCUGCACCACGCAGGGACGGCCGGAGACACCAGGAAGCAGGUGUCUAACGGCGCUCGUCAGCUGGAACUGCGGGUCGAAGAGCUCCAGAAGCAGGUGAUGGAGGAGUUGGAGCAAUUAGCAGAACAGCAGCAGUUGCUGACCAAGGUCAAGCCGGGGCAGCUUGUAAAGCCGGAGGUCCAGGACUUGGAGCAGAACGUCGAGCGCUUGGCGGCCCAGGUGGCGGAGGAGCUUCAGGAGCUGCAGAUGCAUCAAGGCGAACUCGGCAAGGUUCGGGUUCGCCUUCAAAGCGACCAGAGCAAGGGCAAGGCGCCAGAGGUCGAGCGGAAGAUCUCGGAGCUACAGCAUAAGGUUCUUGAAGAGUUGGAGGCUUUGGGCAAACAGCAAGAAGAACUUGGCAAGGCCAAGGUGACGAUGGCAGAUCUUUCUGAUCGUGUCCAGCAAGUGGUCUCCACUGUCACUGACUGCAAGAAGGCGACGCUCGGAAUGGAGGAACGGCUAAAGCGGCUGGCUUCCAUCGAGGAGACGCCCGGUCAGAGCGCCCGAGAAGCGCCCGGACGCGGCAAGGCCAGGUUCGGUCAAGACGGCCUCAAAGACGCCGAGCUGGGCAGCGAUGUGGAUGACAGCUACGGGGCUGAUGACUUCGAGGAGUCCGCCGAGGAUGCUAGCAUGUCUGAAGAUAAAGCUGGGACUCUGUGCAAGCGCAUCGUGCUGCUUGCGUCAGCUUGGUGGACUGCCUGCAGCUGGAUUCCGGCAAUGGAGGAUGUUCUUGUCGUUGAGAUCUGCAUCAGUGCCCAAUUCAGGCAAGUCGCGGCCUCCGCGGACCCACAAGAGAGGGCUCUUUGCUCGCUGCGCCGCAGAGCUCUGCUGUCUUUUGCCUUUCUUCAGGAGACCUGUGCCCUUUGUCGCGAGCUGCUGGAGCUGGCCGCGUCUGGCUCCGUCAUUGCCGCAGAGCGCCGACUGCAUCGCUUCGCACCUUCGUCUCUUCUCAGCCCUGCCGAAGGCGCCAUGUUCGCAGCAGCUGCAUUGCCUUCGCAGUUCCAUGGCGCCGCGUUCCGAAGCCUUCUCCUCGCGGCUAUCAAUGCCAACGAUGCUGAGAGGGCCGCAAAGUUUACGGCAGGCUUUUCUAAGCUGCUGCCUGAUGGCUCCAGCUCCAUGACCACGCAAGCAGAGCGAGAAUCGGAGCCACUUCCACCGUCGGGUGCUGAAGUCCUGGGGCGCUUGCUCCAAGUCGAAGGCUUGACGCAGUGGCUGGUAGCUUUGGAAGGUGCAGGGCCGCUGGGAGAGACACUGCAGCAUCGAUGCGCUGUGCAUGCUUCGAGAAGCUUCUGGGACUUGGAAAGGGCCUUGUCGAAAGCAUUGUCUUCAUCACUUCCGGUUGAAGAUGCAGCAACGGUCAGACAGCAAGCACUCCAAAGACUGGCGCGGAGUCCGGAGCCACUGCGGGCAGAGCUUUGGCUUCGACGCUUCGAGGACGGCGCCUCGCUGACUUCCCAUGGCCUUGGUUACGUCGAUCUGCGCAGUGGCCUGCUCGCCGCAGCGCGGCAGGGCCGACCGCGUGCGGCGCUACGCUAUCUCCGCCGCCUCAUGGGCCCACUGCGGGCCCUUCGGAAGGAGCAGAGCACUGCCGAACUAUUGGACCAGAUCAAUCUGGUUUUCCUCGCCUGUGAGCGCGGUGGGGAGAGCAGCUUGGCGGAGCAUUGGCUGCAUCGUAUCCGAGCAGCAGGUCAUCCAACAACUGCAGAGCAUUUCUGGUACUCCAUGAAAGCUUUUGCCAAGAAGGGCUUGUCCAGGGAUGCAGAGAGAUUGUUCCGUGAAAUGCUCCGCUGCUGCCUGGAAGCAACUGCAACGGAGUACACAAUGAUGAUACGUGCUUCUGGAAAGCUGGGCGACUCUCAACGUGCGCUUGCUUGGCUGAUGCGGAUGCAAGCUGUUAAGUUGAAUGUGGAUGUCUUUGCGUACAACGCCGUGCUCGGAGCAUAUGCAAUGGAGGGAGAUUUCCGCUCUGCUUUGAAGCUCAUCAAGGAUUUGGAGUCUGGAAUUUUGCACGGCAUCAAGCCAGAUGCUGCCAGCUACGCAGCAGCCGCCAAUGCUUGCACAUCCACGGACUCCCGACGAUCGAGGCAUCAUCUCGCGGAUGUUUCCGAGCAGCUGAUUGAGCGCAGCCGAUCAGCCAUGGUGGAGGUGGAUUGUGCCGUAUACCGAAGGCUCCUGCGGCACAGUGCGAGGCAAGGGGAUGCAGAGCGCGUUGGACGUUUGCUCAGCCGCAUGGCAUCGUGCACAGAUCCCGGCCCUUCGGCGAUCCUCGAGGCCUUGUCAGCGUGCAGCACGGCACCCUUCCUGGGCUUAGCCGGCAACCUCCUCCAGAAGCGUCCCGGAGGAGCUCUCUUGUUGGCGCGGCCUUUCGUGGAGCUCGGCGACUGGCGUCGGCUGCAGAGGCUUGGUCGAGACACUGAGACGGCCACGCCAGCCUUGCAAAGCGACACGUUGAAGUCGGUUCCUAUCUGGCCAAUGCUGCGAUUGAUGGCCCUUUCUGAAGCAGUUCCGAGGAAGCGGCAGAAGUGCCUCGAAGCCGCUGCAGAUUUCCUGUUGGCGGGAGGGCAGUUGUCAGCCAAGACACCUGUCAGCACGAACGGGGCAGGGACGAUAAUCCUUGCUCCGCCGCAGCGGUGCUUCUGCGACGUGGCCUUGGUGGUCGUGCCGUUUCAGACAGGUCUUGGCGGCGGACCGCACAGAACCCAGAAGACGUGCGUCGAUGAGAAAAAGAAGUGCUUCCCCAAUGCACACAGCUCAAAAGCACAGGCGGUAGCAGGGAGCAUAGUUUCAUGGAGGGACCACGAAGUCUCACCGUUAAUGCGCCGACAGGAAGAUGUGAGAAGGUCCAUGCAGGACAGAGGCAACAUUGGCAAGCCUAGCCCCCAGCAGAGAUACCGAGAAUCUGCAGAGGAGCGCGGGUUGGCAGCAGCCGCCCGGCUUGCUGCAGCUGUCGCAGCUGCAACAAGCCAUCAUCCGGCUCCAGCCGUGCAAGCACAUGCGUCCGCGGAGAAGUUUCGACUUCGGCGUCACAGCACUGGAUGUCGAACAGCACCAGGACAACCGACGCCGUCUGUGCGGAAUGCGUGGACCGAUGACCGGCAGGAUGUCAAAGAGCGCGCUCGAGAGGGCCAGGGCACUGAGUCGGAGAUGCGACGCGAAACUCGCCAGCCGCGCAUCGCGCCGGGGGAGGUCGCGGUCGCUCCACGUGUUGACACCUCCCCACUGCGGCCACGGCUGGCUCGUGCGCAAAGCGCACGACGCCCCACGAGACCUCCAGCUCCUGCAAGGGCGCGCAGCGCCGACCCUCGCCGGCGUCAGGAGGGAGUCUUUGGUGGCUUUGUGCCCGAGCGAAGGGAAGCAGAUCCGUCGAUCAUGGAGGCAGAGAAGGCAAGGCCAUCCGGUCCAGUAGGCGGCAUCCCAAGUCCCAGGCUCCAUGGCGCACAAGCCACUGCAGCACGUCGCAGCACGGGGCAGAUCCUAACUGCCACGGUCGCAGCCGUGGCAUCACGCCGUGCGAGCACGGGCAGCAUGUCCAUCAUGGAUCAGCAACCAACGCCGUUCAGGAGUCUGAGCAGCAAAAUCUUCUCCGGAUCGUAUUCCGUGGCCAAGUUUUUGGGCCGCGGCGCAUCUGCCAGCGUGUGGGAGGCUGUUCGAAGUGACAACGAGCAGCGAGUAGCUGUGAAGGUUUUCGACCAAGGGCAGCGGGACAAGCGCCAGGCCCAUCGAGAGAUGAAAGUGCUAUCGAGGGUGCGACAUCCUCGUAUUGUCGAGGCCUUCGAAGUUAUCGAGACACCGCGCUAUGCGCAGUUGGUAUGCGAGGUCCUGUCCAAGCUCCUGCAAGCACGUGCCUGUUUCGAAUGUGAGCGAAGUCAUAGCCAUAACAUUGCAAGCAUUUGGCUCGCAGCUCCUUGGCAAACCGUUGGCAACUGA